UUUGCAGCGACCCGAUCCCGGCUGGCGAGGCGCUGGUUUGCUCACUACAGGCAUCAUCCCUCACCGAGAGUCGCGGGAGCGGGAGAUAUGGAGAAAAAUUCUUCCAACAUGAUCCCUCUUGCUGAAAACUCUCCUAAUAAAAAAGAGACUGUGUGUAUUUUUGGAACAGGAGAUUUUGGAAGAUCUCUGGGGUGUAAAAUGCUCCAGUGUGGCUACUCAAUAGUGUUCGGAAGCCGAAAUGCACAGACUUCCAGUCUGAUUCCCAAAGGCACAGAGGUGCUGAGCCAUGGAGAAGCUGCGCAGAAGGCUGACAUUAUUAUUGUAGCAAUUCAGAGACAACAUUACAACUUUCUCACAGAGUUAACUGAAGUUCUCCAUGGAAAAGUAUUGGUGGAUGUAAGCAACAACCUCAAAAUAAACCAAUAUCCUGAAUCCAAUGCUGAAUACCUUGCUCAACUGGUGCCAGGCGCUAAGGUAGUGAAAGCAUUUAACACCGUGUCAGCAUGGGCCUUGCAGUCAGGCACGUUGGAUGCAAGCAGACAGGUGUUUGUCUGUGGAGAUGACAACAAAGCCAAACAAAUGGUGAUGGAUAUUGUUCGGACUCUUGGUCUUACACCAUUGGAUCAAGGCUCUCUCUUGGCAGCCAAAGAGAUAGAAAAUUACCCACUGCAACUCUUUCCAAUGUGGAAGUUUCCCAUCUACUUGGCUAUUGGCCUAAGCGCAUUUUUUUUCUUCUACAGUUUGAUUCGUGAUGUAAUCUACCCCUACAUAUAUGACAACAAAGACUUAUCAUUUUUUAUUGCAAUUAGCAUUCCAAAUCGGGUCUGCCCCAUAGUGGCACUCAUCCUUCUUGCUUUGGUUUACCUUCCCGGCAUAAUUGCUGCAAUUCUCCAGUUACACAGAGGUACAAAAUACAGUCGUUUCCCAGACUGGCUGGACAAAUGGAUGCUUUGUAGGAAACAGCUUGGAUUAGUAGCCUUGGGUUUUGCUUUUCUACAUGUUUUGUAUACGCUUGUUAUCCCUAUUCGCUAUUAUGUAAGAUGGAGAUUAAAUGGUUACGUCAUAUCUCAGAUAAAGGACAACAGAACAGAUCCAUUUAACAACACUAACGGCUGGAUUAGUGACUCUUACGUGGCUUUAGGCAUCCUGGGAUUUUUUCUAUUUGUCUUGCUGGGAAUAACUUCCUUGCCCUCUGUCAGCAACAGCGUCAACUGGAGAGAAUUUCGAUUUGUACAGUCCAAACUGGGAUACGUGACACUGAUUUUGUGCACUGCACAUACACUGGUCUACGGUGGGAAGAGAUUCUUGAACCCUUCAAUGUAUAGAUUGUAUCUUCCUGCAGCAUAUAUGCUUUCUCUCAUUGUUCCUUGCAUUGUCCUGGUCAUUAAAUUUGUUCUGAUAUUCCCGUGUAUAGACCGACCACUCACACAAAUUCGACAGGGCUGGGAGAGGAACUCCAAAGGUUCAAAACAAUCAUACUACAAUGAUAGCAAGUCAGCAGUAUAAU